CCUUUUACCGAAAUGCCCCGGAAGUGCCUCUACCCUCAGUAGAGUUGGAGGUAACCUCUGACACACGGAGGCGGGGCUGCGCAUGCGCAACAAGUUCGGCGGGGAAGAUGGCGGAUGACAAGGAUUCUCUGCCGAAGCUUAAGGACCUGACAUUUCUCAAAAACCAGCUGGAGCGCCUCCAGCAGCGUGUGGAGGAUGAAGUCCACAGUGGCGUGAGCCAGGAUGGCUCGCUCUUGUCCUCCCCGUUCCUCAAGGGAUUCCUGGCAGGCUAUGUGGUGGCCAAACUGAGGGCAUCCGCAGUAUUGGGCUUCGCAGUGGGGACUUGCACUGGCAUCUAUGUAGCUCAGUCAUAUGCUGUACCCAACGUGGAGAAGACCCUGAAGAACUACUUUAGGUCACUACGAAAGGGGCCCGACUAG